AUGUAUCGCGAUGUCGUGCAUCGCCGCUGGGCGCGCGCCUUUCUCUUCCACCUGCUCUCCAUCGGCCCCUUCCUCUUCCUCUGGGCCGCGCCGCUCGUCGUCCGCGCGGGCCUCCUCCCAUCGCUCCUCUCCUUCUUCUCGCUGCGCCUUUACCUCGCUUUCGCGAUUUUUGAUCUUUCGCAACUUCUUUUCGUUCUAGCUCACCACGCCAUCGUCGUCGCAGACGCCCCUCCCCUCCCCUCCACUGCCUCCCUCCUCUCUUCCGCCGCGAAUCUCGCCGGAUUUGCCGGCAUAUCAGAUCCACGCCCGUUCGUGCACCAAGACCAACAGAUUCGCGCAUCGCACGACGGGUUUCGCGGGCCCGCCAGCCAAUGGGAGGCGGAAGCGGCUCGGGCGACGCUAGCUGGCCGCGCCAAGUUCGCUUCUCUUUGCGCCGCGGCGGGCGCCGCAGGUGCGAUCGCGCUCUCGCUCUUCCGCGCGCAGCUUCUGGGCAGCACGGCGGAGACCGAAUCCAACGACGAGUGGCGGCCAGACGGUUGGGCCGUGGCGGGCGAGGCGGGAUUCGGCGGCGCGGUGGGGGUGCUGUUCGCGGCGUACCACGUGGUGCGGCGCGACUACCUCCUCGCGUUCCCCGUGCUGCAGCGCGCCCCGUUCUACCGAUUCAAGACGACCCUCCCGCGCUGCGCCACGUCAGCAGCCACAUUCGGGUGCAUCACCGCGCUCCUCUACUCCCUCCUGCUCCGCCCGCUCCUGCUGCCGCUCCUCGCCACCGCCACCACCACCGCCACCGGCAUCCCGCUCACCUUCCUCGCCGCCCCGCCUCUCUCCAUCCGCGCACUGCUGCUCUCUCUGCUGGCCCGCCUGCACGGCGUGGCGUUCCUGGCCUUCUCCUGGGAGGCCGCUGCGGCCGCCACGAACAUCUUCCUCACCCACCACCACCUCUUCCUCCCCGCGCCCUCCUCCCCCUCCUCCCCCCUCGCCCCCCUCCUCCUCGCCCUCUCCCCCUCCCCUGGCCCCGCAACUCCUCCAUCCCCUGUCCCCCUGCCCCUCCUCGCCCUGCCCCGCCUCGUGCUCCACUGGGCGCUGCUCGACCUCUCGCUGCUCGCCGAAUCAGAGGCUGACACGUGGCGCCGCGCGGCGCUGUUUGAGUCGCAGGAGGCGUACAGCGCAGUGGUGGCGGCGUGCAUCCGCCCCAUCGAUGCCAUGAUGGCCCGAGUCGCUGCUGCUGCUGGUUAUCCCACCGUUACCACUGCACUGCAGCAGCAGCAGCAGCAGCAUUAUUCCUUACAGUCACCCACGGCUGCAUUCACAGCAGCCGGGUUUGCCUCUGCUGAAGGGAUGAGAUGGCGGCAGGGGAAGGGCGGAGGGGAGGGGGUGGAGGGGCAGGCGCUGCAAGGGGGAGAGGUCUUGGGAAGCGGCGCAUAUGGGGGGUUCGGGGGGCCAGGGGGGAGUGGAAUGGGCGUGGGGGGCGUGGAGGGGAGGAGGAGAGCGCCCAGCGCAGCUGAGGUGUUCUUUGACUGGCAGGUGAGCGGGCGGCAGGUGAGCGGGCGGCAGGUGAGCGGGCGGCAGGUGAGCGGGCGGCAGGUGAGCGGGCGGCAGGUGAGCGGGCGGCAGGUGAGAGGGCGGCAGGUGAGAGGGCAGCAGGUGGGGUGA